UACCCUCCUCUGCUCUCCCUCCAACUCAUCCGCAGGCUCUACUCUUCCCCAAAGAUCCGACCCACAGACCACGAGACCUACCUCUCGCUUCGAUCAAUGGCGAUCCUCCCCGCUGCCGCCGAGAGCAGCAGCAGCCAUGCUGGCCAUUCACAGCAGCAGCAACUCGAGCCAACCACCUGCAACGCACCGGCGUCUUCCUCCUCGUCGGAGUCCAAGCAGGCACCGCAAGAGGAGGAGCCGAACAAGGGCGUGCGGCACCUGUGCGAGCGCGGCGUGACGUCCCUCCCGCCGCGCUACGUGCUGCCGCCCUCCGACCGCCCGGCCCCGGCUGCACCGCGCGGCAUCCCGGUCAUCGACAUGGCCCGCCUCCGCUCCACGGUCCCCUCCGAGCGCGCCGCGGAGCUGGCGCGGCUCGACGCGGCGUGCCGCGACCUGGGCUUCUUCCAGGCGGUGAACCACGGCGCCGGCGACAAGGCAAAGGCCAUGCUGGACGUGGCGGCGCGCUUCUUCGCGCUGCCGUUCGAGGAGCGGGCGCGGCACAUGUCCCCCGACAUCCGGGCGCCGGUGCGGUACGGCACCAGCUUCAACCAGCUCAACGACGGCGUGCUCUGCUGGCGCGACUUCCUCAAGCUGCUCUGCAACCCGGCCAGGCUCGACGACGUCCUGCCCUCAUGGCCCCACAACCCGUCCGACCUCAGGGAGGUGAUGUCGGCGUACGCCCGCGCCAACCAGGGUUUGUUCCGGGAGCUGAUUGAGGCGGCGCUUGAGGCAAUGGGGAUCACCGGCGAGGGCGUGCUGGAGGAGCUCGACGGCGGGACUCAGAUGAUGAUGGUCAACUGCUUCCCGGUGUGCCCGGAGCCGGACCUGACGCUGGGGAUGCCGCCGCACUCCGACUACGGCUUCCUCACCCUCCUCCUCCAGGACCAGGUCAAUGGCCUCGAGGUCUGUCAGGGCGACGACGACUGGCUCCUCGUCGACCCCCUCCCCGGAGCCCUCAUCGUCAACGUCGGCGAUCACCUCGAGAUAUUCAGCAAUGGGCGGUACAAGAGCGUGUUGCAUCGGGUGCGAGUGAACUCAACGCAAUUGCGGAUCUCGGUGGCAUCGUUGCACAGCCUUCCACCAGAGCGGGUAAUCCGUCCUGCGCCAGAGCUUCUCGCUGAUGGUACCCAACGGCGGUAUAUGGACACCGACCUGACCACCUUCCUCGACUACCUCGCCUCCGCCGAGGGGAAACAUAAGACCUUCCUCCAGUCUAGGAGGAUCCCUACGUAAUCAUCCUCAUCGACUGAGCUAACUAAUUGAUAUCGUUUAAAUCGACCGUCGAGGAGGGUUAUGAAGGAUUGUGAUUGCCGAGGUGCCCUUAAUGAAUUAGGUUGGUUCAUUCUUGACUUUUAGCUACUUAAUUAUUAUUAAGAGCGUCCAUCGAUUGAUGAACGUUGUUAUAUAUGUAUGUAUGGUACUCCCUACGCAGUUAGCUAGUGUUGUGACACAUUCAAGAUGUAUGUAUUGAUUUUGGUAUCUAUGUAUCUUUUUUGUUCGAAAGAGGUCGUAUCUAUGUUUGUGCGAAUAUAAUGAGUCCAUUCCACUUUGAUCAUGAGUUUGUUGCGGCAAAUUAACUAUCAUGGUUGAACGACACAAUUGGUUUUCUAAGGUCCAUGCUCUUGCGCCAGGACUGAAGAGGUUUAAAGUAGCAC